UAAACUUGCGAGUUGUUUAUGGUUAGUGUGUUAAAAAAUGCCAACAAAGCAGAGAAAAUCAUUGCAAAUCAGAUUAAAUUUGCAUCAAAAAGCUGAGAUUUUAAGAAAACUCGAUGAAGGUAUUCAUGGAAAUCGAUUGGCGUUGGAUUAUAAUGUAUCUAAGGCGGCCAUCUUAAAAAUAAAGAGAAAACGUCAUGAAAUUUUGGAGGCAGUGGCAAACACACAUGAACUUGCAACCAAGAAAACUUUACAUAAAUCGGAAUAUCCCGUUCUUGAGGCAAGGUUGUAUAAAUGGUUCUUAAGCCAAAGACAGCGUAAUUGUGCAAUGAGUGGUCCAAUUUUAAAGGCAAGAGCCAAGCUCGAAUUUGCCAAAUUGCACACAGGAAAACAAUUUCAUACAAGUGAUGGAUGGCUUGCAAAUUUCAAGAAAAGAUUCGGUAUUCGCCACUUAAAAAUUUGUGGGGAAAGCCUCCCAAGCGACAAGUCAGGAAUAACACCGUUCAUUCUUAAUUUCCGGGCAAAAAUGAAUGAAAUGGAAAUUUCGGACAUGCAGCUUUAUAACGCAAAUGAAUGUGGAUUAUUUUAUCGUUUCCUGCCCGAUAAAACAUUUGUCGCGGCAAACGAAAAGACGGCACCUGGCCGAAAAAUAGCAAAGGAUACAAUCACAUUUAUGUUGUGUGCGAACGCAUAA